CGAGCUUUUGGUUACAGAGAGCUGAGAGGGAGAGUCGAGAUCGAGAGAGAGAGAGAGAGGCCGAGAGAGAGAGAGUCGAAAGAGGAUAGAGGGAAAAUAUUUCAGCUCUUAUUUCAAAAAGAUGAAUCGAUCCGGUUUGUUUCGGUUUGUUUUCCAAUGGUUUGAUUCAAAAUGGUUUUUUCACUGGUUUAAGAUUGUAUCAUGGUAGACUAAUCUGAGCCGUGAAUAUGGAAUUUUACACGUGUCGGCUUCCUGAGGGGGAAUUGUACAGAAUUGUACAAGAUCCAAAUUUCAGACGAUUUCUUCCUAGGGGAGAUCCCGAGAAUGAGCAAGAUGCAACUUUCCGAUAGUAUCUAGCUAGGAACAUAGCACAAAUAGAAAGGAUUUUAUUUCUAAUCUCAAAGAUAAUGGCAUCUCAAAUUUGUUGAAUAGAGAGAGGAAAGGAUGAUCAUCAUUUUUUAUUUUUUUCCCGCUUGAUAUGAUGAAUCACUACACUAAAAACCAAUUUACCAAGAAGUGUUGUUAAGAUUUUUACUUGUUAUUCCUUUUCGGUCUUCUGAUAUGAAUUGGUAUUUGCAGAAUAUGAUCCUAGCAGGAACUGACACUAUAACUGUUACACUAAUCUGGGCUCUUUCACUACUACUCAACAAUCAACAUGCCAUGAAAAGAGCACAGGAAGAGUUAGGCAAGCAUGUGGGUAGGGAAAGACAAGUAAAGGAAUCAGAUAUUAGUAGAUUGAAAUAUCUCCAAGCCAUUGUGAAGGAAACAUUUCGCCUAUACCCAGCAGCUCCAUUGUCUGGACCACGAGAGGCCAUGGAAGAGUGCAUUAUUGCUGGUUAUCAUGUACCAGUAGGCACCCGAAUGAUAACCAAUAUAUGGAAGAUUCAUCGAGAUCCACGUGUAUGGAGCCAACCUCAUGAAUUUCAACCAGAGAGGUUUCUCACAAGCCAUGUGGACAUUGAAGCUUUGGGUCAGCAUUUCGAAUUCACCCCUUUUGGCUCUGGCCGGCGUAUGUGCCCAGGGGUUUCUUUUGCUCUUCAGGUUUUGCACUUGACUAUAGCCCAUUUGCUCCAUGGGUUUGAGUUUGAAAAUCCUACAGGUGCACCUGUUGAUAUGACAGAGACCCCAGGGCUGACCAACAUGAAGGCUACCCCACUUGAAGUUCUCCUUAGCCCACGUCUUCCUUCUAAGCUUUAUGAAUAUUGAGGUAUCAUACAAAUCGUGACUUGAGUUGUUUCUCUAGCUGAUGAACUCACACCCUACCCUAUUCAUUUGUUAGACUCUGUCAAGGUGGCUGGUUGGUAUUGGAUUGAGUUCUGUAAUAUAUAUAUAUAUAUAUUUAAGUGA